ACGAAACCCUUCUACCUAAGCAAAGCUCUUCUCGGUACUGUCUCUUCAACUCCAUUUGACUAUAAAGAAAGUAAGUGGUUAGGCAAGGCCAUCUUCAUUGGCUGACCCAGAAGAUCAUUAAAUAGCGCAAGAGGCUUCGGGGUAUUCACCCUUUUCAUCUUUGAUUCUCGCCUUUUUGCUUUGGAAUUCGACUUCGAUUUAGAGCAAGUAGAAGUACUCGAGGAAGACACUAAAUUAUGCAGAGAACUUGAGAUUGUUGCUUGUUGACACCUUGAGAUUGUGUCUGUAUUUAUAGACAGUCAAAAUGAAUGGUUACAUGCUGGAUCGUGUCAUCAAGGAUAUACUAACUGCGGUUGAGCCGUUGCAAGAUGAUUGGGCAGCGCGGUUUCAAAUCAUUAACGAGUUGCGGGAUGUCGUGCAAUCUGUUGAAAUUCUGCGAGGUGCAACAAUUGACCCGUUUGGGUCCUUUGUAUCUAACCUAUUUUCUCGUUGGGGAGACUUGGAUAUCUCUGUUCAAUUGCACAAUGGUUCUUAUGUUUCAACUGCGGGGAAGAAGCUUAAGCAGACUUUACUGAAAGAUGUUCAAAAAGCAUUGUGGAAAAAAGGUGGAUGGUACAAGCUACAAUUAAUCGCUCAUGCAAGAGUUCCCAUUUUGAAGAUCGAAAAUAUUCAGCACAACAUUUCUUGUGAUAUUUCCAUUGAUAAUCUUGUGGGGCAAAUCAAGUCUAAAAUUUUGUUGUGGCUUAAUGACAUAGAUGGGCGCUUCCAUGAUAUGGUUAUGCUUGUCAAAGAAUGGGCAAAAGCACAUGACAUCAACAAUCCAAAACAGGGGACUUUCAAUUCAUACUCUCUCAGUUUGCUUGUGAUCUUUCAUUUGCAGACAUGCUCCCCGGCCAUCUUUCCUCCUCUUAAAGACAUAUAUCCAGGAAAUGUUGCCGACAAUCUCAAAGGUGUGAGGGCUGAAGUUGAGCAAGAAAUUGCACAGACAUGUGCAGCCAACAUAGCCAGGUUCAAAUCAAGAACAGUCAACAAAAGUUCUUUGUCUGACCUUUUCAUUUCAUUCCUUGCAAAGUUUUCAGAUUUAAGUUCAAAGGCAUCGGAGCUAGGAAUUUGUCCUUACACGGGACAAUGGUUGGAAAUAGAAAGCAAUAUGAGAUGGUUGCCAAAAACAUAUACGAUAUUUAUUGAAGAUCCAUUUGAGCAACCAGAAAAUACAGCCAGGGGUAUUAAUGCGAGGCAAUUGAUGAAGAUUUCUGAAGCAUUUCAGAGCACCCAUUUUAGGCUCACCUCAGCUCAUCUGCAUCCAAAUUAUAUCCUAAAUGAUUUAGCCCGACCUCAUGUAUCGCAAUUGAUCAUUAAGUCAUCUGGAUCUGCUAGUGUCCCAGCGUUUAAUAUUGGUAAUUACCCCCCAAUUCGUCCACAGUUUCACCAAGCCAGAGUUACACACUCCCGCCCAUAUAUUCAACAUCAGUUCCAAAACAAUGCCCCAAGGUUCACUAUGGGAAACUCCCCCUCAAUCAACGCACAGGUACCCCAUACUGGAACCACACAGUCUCGCCCAUCAGUUCAACACAAACCCCCGAAUGGCGUACGUGUGAGCAAUCCUAACAGUUCGAAAGUGGGGGAGCCCUCAAAACCCUCGAGGAGCUCUAAUGGUCAAGGCCAGCAAAAGUGGAGGCCAAGAUUUCAGAGACAGGUACUGUGAACUACAUUGUUUGACCUUUGCUUUUGUACACAUACUUGGCUAAGAAAGCUCAAUUGCUCCCCACAUGGCCAUUCUCUGUUACAUUAUCCUUUUCGUUGCAUUUCUUUGUGCUUACACAGCUGGGGUUUGAUAGGGAGGUCACUCAAGCCAUUAAUAUCCCAUUUUUAGUUGAGAGACAUUGCUUGUAAUGAUACCCCAUUUUUCUGUUAAUCUAUACCUUUAUUCUGUCUCCUCCAUCGAGGUUAAAGACCAAGUAUGACUAGAUGGGGUAUAGAAUUUCUAGCAUUGGCAUUUAAUUUAACUUGCGAGUUAAACAAUUACAGCAAAUGGCCUAUUCGUGGAUUCCAUCA